ACUCGAAAAAAUCCCGGGAGACUCUUUAGGAAAAAAUCUUAUCCAUCUUCUUCUUCCUCUUCCUCUUCCUCUUCCUCUUCCACUUCCUUGUGUUGAAGCUUCUCUUCUUGUUCCACUCUGCAACCGUCGUGCCUUUGUUUUUCCCCUUGCUGACUUCAAUGCCGGACGAAACCAAUCAAACAAUGCAUUUCAGCUUCACUUGAUUAAACUUAUAGAAAUGGCCUUUGCAACUGCCAAACUAUCUGAACUUCCAUUCAAGAACUCAUUUCCACUCUCCUCCCACUCCCGUACACUUCUCUCUAAUCAUCCCAAUUUCUCUUUGCAGAUUCUUAACACUUUCUCUUCUCUCCGUACCCAUACUGAGCAUAGCGGCAAAAGAAUCCCUAAAACCUCUCACAAUUCUGCACCCCCUUCUUCUUCUUCUUCUUCUUCUUCUUGGAUCUCCAAAUGGCCUUCUGGGAGCUCACGGAAUGAUCGUAAAGUCGAGAAGAAGGUGGUCCGACCGUCCCGACAUGAUCGGACUGAUCGAGCGGAGAAUCAGUCCGAGUACUUAGAUAAGGAUAAGGGGCAGACUGCAAUUGAGCGAAUCGUGCUUCGCUUACGGAAUUUAGGGAUAGGUUCAGAUGAUGAGGACGAGGACGAGGACGAGGAGGAUGGAGAGGAUGACGGAUUGGAUUCUCUCAAGGCAAGGCCGGUGACUGGGGAGGAAAGACUUGGGGAUUUACUUCAACGUGAAUGGAUACGACCUGAUGCCUCAUUGGUUUCGAAUGAGGAUGGGGAGGAUGGAAUGGUUUUACCUUGGGAAAGAGAGGAGGAAAGGGGUGAAGAGGAGGAGUGUGGAAGGGGGUUGAAGAGGAGAAAUAUGAAGGCUCCGACUUUAGCUGAAUUGACUAUUGAAGAUGAGGAGCUGAGGCGACUGAGGCGAAUGGGGAUGUCUAUUAGAGAGCGGAUUAAUGUACCGAAAGCGGGGACUACACAGGCAGUGUUGGAGAAGAUUCAUGGGAAAUGGAGGAAGGAGGAAUUGGUAAGGCUUAAGUUCCAUGAGGAACUUGCGCAUGAUAUGAAGACAGCACAUGAGAUUGUAGAGCGACGAACUGGGGGAUUGGUUCUAUGGAGGUCUGGAAGUGUUAUGGUUGUUUACCGCGGUAGUAACUAUGAAGGACCUUCUAAAAUUAAACCCCUUACAAGGGAUGGGGAUGGGGUAUUCAUCCCAGAUGUCUCUUCUGCUACCACUUCAACGAGUGACAAUGUUGCAGCUUCAGUUCCAGAGAAGACUAUGAUGCCGAUUGGGCCUCCUAUGUCUAACGAGGGCUUGUCAGAGGAAGAAGCUGAAUACAACCAACUACUAGAUGGUUUAGGUCCUCGUUUUGUUGAAUGGUGGGGCACGGGAGUGCUUCCUGUUGAUGCCGAUCAGCUUCCUCCAAGUAUUCCGGGUUACAAAACUCCUUUCAGGCUUCUUCCAACUGGAAUGCGGUCUCGACUUACCAAUGCAGAGAUGACUCAGAUGAGGAAACUUGCAAAAUCCUUACCUUGUCAUUUUGCCCUUGGGAGAAAUAGGAACCAUCAGGGUUUGGCUGUUGCUAUACUUAAACUUUGGGAAAAAAGCCUAGUGGUUAAAAUUGCUGUCAAAAGAGGCAUACAGAACACCAAUAAUAAACUCAUGGCUGAGGAGAUAGGGAACUUAACAGGAGGUGUGUUACUAUUGAGGAAUAAAUAUUUUAUCGUCAUAUACCGUGGGAAGGAUUUUCUCCCACCAAGUGUAGCUGUAGCUUUGACAGAAAGGCAGGAAUUAACAAAACAGAUUCAAGAUGUGGAAGAGAAAGUUCGUAAUAAAGUGGUCGAGGCAACUUCAUUAAGCAUUAAUGGACAGGCACCUGCAGGUACCUUGGCCGAAUUCUAUGAGGCUCAGUCCAGAUGGGGAAGGGAAAUAACUGCUGAAGAGCGUGAAAAAAUGGUUGAAGAAAGCUCCAGAGCAAAAACUGCAAGACUUGUCAGACGAAUUGAACACAAGCUAGGUGUUGCCCAAGCGAAGAAACUUAGAGCAGAAAAAUUGCUAUCUAAAAUCGAAGCAUCCAUGAUUCUUUCUAGCCCCGACGAUGACCAGGAAACAAUAACAGAUGAGGAACGAGUCAUGUUUCGGAGGGUUGGGUUACGAAUGACCGCAUAUUUACCUAUGGGCAUUCGUGGUGUCUUUGAUGGUGUUGUUGAAAACAUGCAUUUACACUGGAAGCAUAGAGAGCUUGUGAAGUUAAUUAGCAAGCAAAAAACACUUGCUUUUGUGGAAGAAACUGCAAGAUUGUUGGAGUAUGAGAGUGGUGGAAUACUUGUUUCGAUAGAUAGAGUUCCAAAAGGGUAUGCCCUUGUUUACUAUCGUGGAAAGAAUUAUCGUCGACCCAUUGCCUUGAGACCAAGAAACUUACUUACAAAGGCAAAAGCAUUGAAGCGUUCAGUUGCCAUGCAGCGUCACGAGGCUCUCAGUCAGCACAUAUCUGAACUCGAGCAAAACAUAGAGCAAAUGAAGAAAGAAAUUGGUGUCACUGAAGAUUCAGAUGAUGAGAAUAAAUUGUCGUCUCAGGAUCGGCCUGUCUCAGAAUCUUUCCAAGACAAGGAAGCAUAUUUGUCUGCUGUUUCAGAUGUUGACAAUGAUGAAGAUAGCAAUGAUGAAGACAGUGAAUACGAAGAGGAUGAAGAUGACGAUUUUGAUUUUUCCGACUCAGAAAGCACUGACGAUCCACUGAACUAGGUUGUGAGAGCAUUUUCAAGUUGUGAACAGAUGGAGUGCUCUUAUUGAAAUUGCAUGCAUAUUUUCAGGUUGAAGGAUGUGGAAAAUGUAACAAUCCCGAACCCAAUUUCUGCCUUAGUUGGCCCGAACACUUUCAUUGCUGUUUCCCAUCGAAAGCUGGGUAAUUUACAAGAAGCUCUGGGUCAUUUGCUUCAAGUUCAAUCCAAAACGGGUAUGAUUUAUUUUCUUCUUUGAAGAAUGGAGUAAUGGGUUCCUCUAGAUUCUGUAGAGACAUUAUUCUUUUUCUAAUCUUUCCUUCUCAUUUUUUUCUUUUGUAAAUUCAAUUCGGAUAACUUUUUAGCUCACAAAGUGCAGGAAUUAUGUAUGAAUUCAGCCAAUAUCUGGUUCUAUGCCGCUUCCAAAUGGGCUCCCUAUUUAUUAAUAUAUUGUGUAUUUGAUUCCUUGCUUGUUGAAAAUAAAAUAAGGUAUCAGAGGACGUCCCUUAAUUUUGUUUAGAUAAUUUGUGUAUGGGGGACUCAAACUUUGUAGUGUUCUUUUGUUUGACUAGUUCUUAUAAAUUAUAAUUGAGAAUCAGAGUUAUUUUUCUUUCUCUA